GCCAGCAAUUCAUAACAAAGGUGUAGGAAUUGAACUGAGGACGAGGAAGAGCUAUGAAAGAUAACGCAAUCUUCACAUUUGCUAUCCCACAAGUCGAGAUUCGAUUAGGGAUGAUGAGUAGGCAACAUGAUGAGCUCUUGGAUCAGCGUGCCUUCACUUGAUCAAUCCCCUCUCACACAGCUGUCAACUUCACCUUCACCUUCACCGCGAGCUGGCCACCGUGACGCCCCACCGAAUAGCCACAAAAUUUUAGCGAGAAAGACUUUAUCAGCAACACUGCAAGAUCCAAAAACAUCACCAUCAACCCCACCUCAACCCACCACCCUUCAAGAUACGAUGCAGGAGAUUGUCGCUCAGCUGCUUGCAACUCUCGAGCCACUUGGCCGGGAUGAGUAUUUCACGGCAUUUGGCCCUGGAGGGCGGUUCCUGUUUGGCACGCCAAAUGGUUACGCAGCAAAGCAUCUUCCUGAUGAAGUCAUGAAGCGCCUCAGCAGCAAGACUGUUCGCAAGAUUCGAUUUGCAUCUUUCGGAAGCCAUGAGCAUGUCUGGUUUGUAGCCUAUGAUACAUAUCCUUUCGGCACAUACUACGACGUGGGCCCAUCCACUGCGCCAGCACUCUGCAGAUUCCUGAAUUUUGUCCAACGAGCGGACAAGAAGUCUACUUCGAAAUUUCUUCGCGUACAGUUUGGAGACGGAAACUCCUACCUCGCCUGGAGCUCCACUUCCUGGAUCAGCUAUGGGAUUGACAGAGGCCUUAAAGAUUUCCUCAAUGAUAUGAGCAAAGUCGACCCGCUCAAUACCUUUCGAAGAAUUUUCACCUCCAAUGCUCCAUCGAACAUUGCCUUUCACUCUGAUGGAUCCUUCAUUCUCGCUCGCAAGGAGAAUAGACUUACCCCACAGCAUGGUCUCUUUCAGAAUUGUGCCUACAAGAUCAAGUCGGGUGCUAUUCUGGAAGGAUGGAUCCAGUUGCUUGGAACCAAUGCCUAUGAUCCUGACCGUUUCCAAGAUCUUGCUUACUUCGCGAUUGACGCACACUGCAAAACGGCUGAGAGCUACGUCUUCAUUAAGGCACGAAAGCGCCAGGCCGAAGCCGACUUCGUCUUGCGCAUUGGCGCUUCGGAGUCUACGAAUCGUCUUUCGCCGCCCGACGCCUCGGUUCAGCUCAGUCAACAGCCACGGGGAUCCCAGUGGGCUAAGAUGCUUCGCAGUGGCCGCCCGCACACGUCAGAUACCUGGGAAUUGAUGCUCAACAAAGGCCAAAGGAUCAAGAUCCUUGAGGAGAAAGGAAAUGGCUGGUUCGUUGCCCAGACUCUGGCCAACAAUAUUGGUUAUGUACACAAGACUUGGUUUGCCUAUGAUCCUCCCCACCUCACCAAGACCCGCACUCCCUACCAGCGGUACAUAGAUGAUACAGGAGGACUGUUCAAACCAGGAACCAUUCGAGAAUUUCCAGAGAUCAAGCGUUAUGUUGACAGCCAAUGCGAGGAGGUCAAUUGCCAAUCUACAAAAGGACUUCCCGGUGGACUCGAGGUUUGCGUCCACGAAAUCAGGAAACUAUUCCAAGGAUCUCCAGAAUAUGGCUAUGUAUUCCUCAAAGAAGAGCGAAACAAAUGGCAUCCAGACAAGUUUGCGAGGUUCUGUCAUCCUGAGCAUCGCGACGACAUGAAGAAGAAAGCGGAGUGUCUCUUUGUUCUCAUCGGUUGUCUCAUGGAUGACCUCGAGACGAAGGAUACCUAAGCGCGGCGUCUGGGGUAAUAGUUGAGCUUUCUGACCUA